GCAAGACUCGGGCUCGAUUGAGAGCGUCCCGCUCCAAUUUUUCCAACGCCCAGUUCCCCUCCACCCACCACCAUGUCGAGGCCUCAGCUGGUUGCACGGCCACUCGUGCGGUCGUUGCGGCAAGCAACCGGUACCACAGCGGCGACAUGUCCAUCACGGCCAAUUGCUCUCCGACCCUUCUCGUCAACACCGAGCCGAAAAGAUGAGACGACAACCACUACAAGCACCCCGACAGAGCCUAGCUCCGAUGCGCAGAAGCUUGCCGCCGACGCAGCACUGCUGGGCCAGAAGAAGCCCCCGCCAUACCCCUCGAUGAUCAAGCAGGGCACCGAGGAGCAGCUGUCCCAGUUCAUGGCUCCCCAGCUCGGUUCGAGGAGGAGGCGUGCAGCUCUCGCCACGACGGGCAACAUCCCCUUCGAGCAACUGCCGUAUCAAUGCUUUCAGGAGGCACGCAAGAUCCUGGCCCAGGACCGUGAGGAAAAGGUGGCCAAGAUUGUUGCCGAGACGGCAAAGAUCAAGCGUUUGGAGGCGGCCGAUGCUAGCACCUUCCGUGGUGGCGAGCCCUACAAGCAAAAGCGGUUGGAAAGUCUGAGGGCGCAUGUUGAGCAGCUCAAGAUUCUAGCAGAUAUCAACGAUCCGCUAGUGAAGAGGCGCUUCGAGGACGGCCAGGGCGACAUGAGCAAGCCCAUCUACCGGUACCUUGCCCACCGCAAAUGGAGCCGGAUGGAGCGCGAGAUUAUCUUGCAGCGUAUCGAACAGUUCCACAUCGUGCCCGAUCUGCUGCCCAAAUUCCAACCGACCAUGAGUGUCAAGAUGACCUUCCGCGGCUACAAGACACCCCCGGGUACCAUCCUAGACAGCCGCAUCACCGAGACUGCCCCGACGCUGCGCAUGCAGGUUUUUGACAAGGGUGACCGACUAUUUUCCGUCGUGGUCCUGGACGCCGACGUGCCAGACGCCGAGACCGAUUCGUUCCAAAAGCGCCUGCACUUUAUGGCCACCAACGUCCCUUGGAGCCCAACCAGGGACACCCUCCCCCUGAGCCGGCUGGGUACCGAGUCUGCCACUCCUUCCCCUGAGCCCGGCGCUCUCGCCGUCCCCUGGCUACCGCCGUACGCGCAAAAGGGCGCGCCCUACCACCGCCUGGCCGUCUUUAUCCUAGAGCAGAAGGACAACGCGCCGCUCGACGUGGCCAAGCUCCAAGAGAUGUACGACGGCCAGGGGCGCGACGGGUUCAGCGUCAAGAGCUUCCGCGACAAGUUCCCCGUCACGCCCGUCGGCUUCACCAUGUUCCGGACCGUGUGGGACGAGAACACGGCCGACGUCAUGACCCGCCACGGCAUCCCCGGCGCCGACCUCGAGUUCAAGCGCCAGCGCGUCAUGUCGCUCAAGCCGCCCCGCAAGGCCCGCGGUUGGGAAGCCAAGCGCCAGGGCCCCAAGUUCCGCCACCUUUGGAAGUAUACCAAGCGGAUCAAGGGCGUCAAGUUUUAGAGGAGGAAGCCAGGGCCCCUGUGAUUCGCGGUGGCGCGGCGGUAGAGGCGUGGUGUACUUGUAUCAUAUUAUCAGUGUACCAACUACGUAUAAAAUGUAUUGGAUUCGGGCUGUAUCCGGGUCUGUGAAUCAAAAUCGAGUAAAGCAAAUCCAAUAAAUAAAUGAAAUCGAGUAAAAG